GAUAUGGGUGGCUGGCUCAGUGCUUAUAAUGGCGGCAAUAAUGGCGGCGGUGGCAGCAGCAGUAGUUACAACUAUGGGGCAGCAAAGCUUAAUGGUAUCACAAAUCUCUCGGGUUUGCAGCACAUUAGUGGCAGUUUUGGCGGCAGUGCUGGUGGUCCGUACGCAGCAGCUUUGGUACAACAACCACCAAAACCAAUUUACGAACAACAGCAAGAAAACGAUUAUGGCGCAUCGGGCGCAGCAGGACAUACUUAUGGGCAAAACAAUCAAUACGGCAGCAGCGGCAGCGGCAACGGCUGGAGCAUUAGUACUGCUGGCGCGCACAAUGGUUUCCAGCCCGUGUUUGGUGGCAAAUACUCAGCGGCAGCCGCUUCCACAGCAUACGCAGCAACAUCUCAGUAUCAGCAGCAGCAGCAGCAGUCAAAUGAUAAAAUUUUUGAUGAGUCUCUGAAUAUGUACGCCGGCUCGGAUGGGGGCGGUACAUCUGCAUCGGGUGGUGAUGCGGAGGUUUCAUUUUCACAGCAUCAUGGCGGUGAUGGUGGCGGAGAAGCUGAUGCAGGCUCGUCGGGGUCUUCAUAUGAUGAUUCCUCUAAUUAUGCAUCCGAGCACUCCGGACACUCGGAAGGUGGGCAUUCCCCGUCACAUGUCAUCAACUACAUUCCUUAUCCGGUGGUGAAAAAGGUGCACGUUCCCGUGCGUGAACCCGUUCAUAUUCCAAUUUCGCAUGCGGUUAUCGUACCCGUCAACAAACCGGUGCCCAUUCACGUCCCUGUCACAAAAACCGUAGCUGUGCCUGUUCAAAAAGAGCUGCGAGUACCCGUAGAACGUGUGGUUCCAUAUCCGGUUGAGAAGCCUGUGCCAGUGCCCGUUGAGAAACGUGUACCAUUUGAGGUGAUUAAAUAUGUGCCGGUCAAGGUGCCUCAUCCAUUCCCUGUCAAGGUGCCAGUGUUCAAGACCAUUUUGCACAAGGUGAAGAAGGGCGGCUCGUGGUAAGGACAUAGAAGAACACUCGGUGGCCAGUUUUGCUUAACAGAGGUCGGAAUUAUUUGAAGGAGUACACAGUAAGAGUUACACAUACAUAUGUACAUAUCCAUACGAGUAUACAAUAAUUCAUAGACUGUUGUUGUAUCA